AUGAGGUUGUUGUCUAGAAAAGCCACGUGUAAUACUCAUGGACAAGAUUCGUCUUACUUCCUAGGAUGGCAGGAAUACGAGAAGAACCCAUAUGAUGAGAUCCAGAAUCCAACAGGCAUCAUUCAGAUGGGUCUAGCAGAGAAUCAGCUCUCUUUUGAUCUUCUUGAGUCAUGGCUUGCUGAUAACCCGGAUGCAGCUGGGUUCAAGAAAGAUGGGCAAUCCAUAUUUAGAGAGCUUGCUCUUUUCCAAGAUUAUCAUGGCCUUGCAGCGUUCAAGAAAGCAUUGGUGGAAUUCAUGGCAGAAAUAAGAGGCAACAAAGUGACCUUUGAUCAAAACAAAAUAGUACUCACUGCCGGUGCAACUUCGGCUAAUGAGACCCUCAUGUUCUGCCUUGCUGAACCCGGCGAGGCCUUUCUUCUUCCCACUCCAUACUACCCAGGAUUUGAUAGAGAUCUCAAGUGGAGAACUGGGGUUGAGAUUGUACCCAUUCAGUGUACAAGCUCAAAUGGCUUCCAAAUCACUGCACCAGCCCUUGAAGAAGCUUUUCAAGAAGCCCAAAAGCGCAACCUAAGGGUUAAGGGAGUCUUGGUCACAAACCCCUCAAACCCUUUGGGUACUACAAUGACUCGCAAUGAAUUGAAUCUUCUUUUAAGCUUUAUCACCGAAAAGGGCAUUCAUUUAAUAAGCGAUGAGAUUUAUUCUGGUACAGUUUUUAGCUCUCCAGGAUUUGUAAGCAUCAUGGAAGCUUUGAAGGAUAGGAAAUGUGAAAAUAGUCAAGUUUGGAAUAGAGUUCAUAUUGUGUAUAGUCUAUCAAAGGAUCUUGGACUCCCUGGUUUUAGAGUUGGUGCAAUUUACUCAAACGAUGACAUGGUUGUAUCUGCAGCAACCAAAAUGUCUAGCUUCGGUUUAGUGUCUUCUCAAACUCAAUAUCUUCUCUCUGCUCUUCUCUCCGAUAAAAAGUUUACGAGGAAUUAUAUCUCAGAGAAUCAAAAGAGGCUUAAACAACGUAAAAAAUUGCUGGUCAAGGGCCUUGAAAAGGCCGGAAUCAGCUGCCUAAAGAGCAAUGCUGGCUUGUUCUGUUGGGUUAACAUGAAACUUCUCCUGAGUUCUAACACGUUUGAAGCAGAAAUGGAGCUUUGGAAAAAGAUUGUGCAUGAAGUUAAGCUAAAUAUAUCUCCUGGUUCUUCUUGCCAUUGUACGGAGCCGGGGUGGUUUCGAGUAUGCUUCGCUAACAUGUCUGAAGAAACACUAAGCCUAGCAAUCCAACGAUUGAAUUCUUUUGUGAAGUCCAUGAACAAUCAAAGCCACCACCAAAUCAAGAAAAGCUCAAGAAGAAAGUCCCUCACCAAGUGGGUUUUCCGGCUAUCGUUUGAUCAUGACCACCGUGAGCCUGAGGAACGAUAG